UAUAGAACGCCCUGGUUGGUUGCCACCUAUAAUCUCAUCACUUUGAGCCCCUCUUGUCUCGGAAACCAUGUCAAAGGACCCAUAUCACGCUGUGCAGGCAGAAAUACAGAGUUCAUUGCAAACUGCUUCCAAUUUGAGGGCCUCCUACAUUAGAAUUCGCAGCACUGCUGGCGGAAGGGAAACUGAAGAAGUGAUAUGGACGAGAGACGAGCUCAAAGGGACUUUGGCUGCUCUCGAGGCUGACCUUGAGGACUUGGAAGGAUCCGUCAAAAUGGUGGAGGAAACUGGUCCUCGGUUGUUCGGUCUGGAAGAAGAAGAAGUGAUGUCCAGGCGACGAUAUGUAAAUCAAGUUAAGCAAGAGCUCGAGAAUAUUCGGUCUGAGCUGCUUCCCCCUCAGCAACAUGCGACAGCUAGAAGAUCUGGGCCCCAACGAACGCCAAACUAUGGGGUCCCUCCGAGCCAGGAUACUCCCAGCACUCCGAUAGAUGAAGAAUCGACGUGGUCUAGAGAGGAACAACAGGUAUGAAAAGUCUGCAUCACAACUAAAUUUACCAAUGCUGCGCAAAGAUGAUGUUGCACCAACAAGACAAAACACUAUCAUCGAUAUCAGGAUCCCUCAACACCCUAGCUCAACAGGCAGGGCUCAUUGGGCAGGAAACCGAGGAGCAGAACGA